UGGCUUUCUUAUACUUUUUCGUUGUUCCCAAUUCUCUAUUUCCUGAUUUUGGUUUUUGGAAUACCAUUUUUUUCUGUUGAUCAUCAUUUCCGAUCUUCUAAUUAGUUAGCCUUUCACAGUUCAAUUCAACCCUUCCGUUUCCAAUUCACUUAUUUUUUCCGUCGUAAUGGCUUAUCUUUAAUUCCGGGCUUCCGGUUGUUUAGAUCUUCGAUCACCAAAACCACACUGUACCUAAUCUUUUUUAGAUUGCUCAAGGUUGCAGUUAUGGCGAUCAGAAUGACUGUCAGUUACUCCGGCUACGUCGCCUCAUCCGCCGGAAAUAGGGUAGGAAAUUGCCGGCUGUUUCAUGACUGCUGUGUACGAUCUCUGAUCGUUACCAAUCAGAAGCCUGAAGUUCAUUCCGCUGCUUCUGCUGCGAGGAACUACCAGGCUGAUUUCGUGAAAUCCAAGGCGAGACGCUGGUCUAAGCCUUCGGUGUGCUCGUAUAGUUCGCUUGCCGGCGAAAUUCUUAACGAUAACCGCCGAUCUCCUUUAGUUGUGGGUUUGAUUUCGAUGAUUAAGUCGUCGGCCUGCGUUUCCGGGACUUACAGUACAGGGAUUUUUGGGAUUUCAUCCUCGUCAAUGCUUGGAUUUAAAUCAUCUUCGUUGUUUCCCUUUUUUCAGGGGACCAAAUGGUUACCCUGCAAUGAAUUCUUUCAGGAUCCUGCCACCAAUGACGUGGAUAAAGGUGGAACACAUUGCUGGGAAUCUUGUGAUGGCGAAGAUAAUAAGUUGGACUCUAAAAAAUUAUCAAGAGGUUUAAGUAAAAAUUCUGUUGAGAGCAGCAGGUGGCUUUCUCGGAUGAUGAAUUCUUGUUCUGAGGAUGCUAAGGCUGUGUUUACAGCGUUGACUGUUUCGUUUCUAUUCCGGUCUUCCUUGGCGGAACCAAGAUCAAUUCCAUCACGUUCCAUGUAUCCAACUCUCAAUGUUGGGGACCGAAUCUUAGCUGAGAAGGUUUCAUAUUUGUUCAGAAAGCCUGAUGUUGCAGAUAUUGUGAUCUUCAAGGCUCCUCCUAUCCUUCAGGAAAAUGGUUUCAGUUCAGGUGAUGUGUUCAUCAAAAGAAUUGUAGCCAAGGAAGGAGACUUUGUCGAGGUCCAUGAUGGAAAAUUGGUAGUCAAUGGUGUUGUCCAAGAUGAAGAUUUCGUAUUAGAACCGCUUGCUUAUGAAAUGGACCCAGUGCUCGUUCCUGAAGGUUAUGUGUUUGUGAUGGGUGACAAUCGCAAUAACAGUUUUGAUUCCCAUAAUUGGGGUCCUCUUCCUAUAAAAAACAUUGUGGGUAGAUCGGUGCUUCGCUACUGGCCGCCUCCAAAAAUUUCCAGCACUAAUUAUAGACCUCCUGCGGAGCAGAAUACUGUGGGAGUUUCUUGAGCCAUGAUCCUUUUCUUCUGUUACGGUGGAAGUAUUUUGAUACCAUGCAAACUCUUAGGAAAGAGUCUGCAAUCACUUCGUCCAAAAAAGGACUUAGCCAUUCUUUUGGACUACAGAUUUUGUGCUUCAUGAUUUGGGUUACGGUUUAAUGCAAUGUGUGUUAUCUCCAUUUGUUAUUUCAAGUACAUGUCAUUUGAGACAACAUC